UGAAUGGAUCUGCGCUACAAGAUCUCCCUAUGUUGCAGACCGUAUCUUUUGCCUAUAACUCUAUCCGCAGCAUAGAUCUAAAUUUCUUCCAGGGAACAAACAACGUAGAAGUGCUAGAUUUGUCCCACAACAUGCUUGUGUCAAUACCCUCUGACUUUCUAAAUAAUUUGAAGAACCUGGAGAAGCUGUCUUUAUCUUACAAUCAACUUCUACACUUGAAUAAUGUAUUUGCCAAAGUGUACCCAAAAAGAAUCAUCUUAACCUCAAACAACCUAACCGACAUCGAUACGAUCCUGCAUGCCGGAAUGGAACAUGUUGAGACGUUAAUACUUUCGCACAACCCCAUUUCCAGUGUCUCCCCAACUAUUUUCCACACAACCAUUCCACGUGUUGAGACUUUGAUGUUGGACUAUUGCCAAAUUUCCAGUUUCGACAUCGGACCUUAUGAGCUUUUGUCUAACCUGCAAGUGUUGGACCUCGGUCAUAACCUCAUCGAAACCAUCCCAAAGCAAAAGAUUGCUUUUGGUCAGCAUUUGGAACUUAGUUUCAUCGGUAACAGAAUUUCCAAAUUCGAUGCUGAGCUGUCCACAUCCGUGAAAGCAGUCUACCUUUCAGAAAACAGGUUUCAGAAUUUAGACAGAACUCUUCAGUUCAGCAGGGCCUUGCUUGCAGAGGUCGCCUUCAACCACCUUCAAAUUCUCACGGCUGAUGAUUUCCGUGGCUCUCGACGAUUGCUCAACCUCAACUUGUGCGGGAACGCGAUCGAGAGGAUUGACACGUUGACAUUCUUACCACUAAAAGAUGAGCUCAAUCACUUGGAUCUCAGCUUCAACUCCAUAAAAGUCUUGAACGGCAGCGUGCGAUACCUGACUCACCUGAUUAGUUUGAAUUUGUCCUCCAACUUCAUAAUGGAUUUUGACGAAGGAGAAUUUACUAGUCUCAGUGAGCUGGAAACGCUCUACUUGGACAACAACCAUGUUGUGACCUUGGGCCAACAGUUUCAACAGUUACCUCGGCUUCAGUACCUUGACCUUAGGAAUAAUUACGUUGAGAGUCUGAGCCAAAACGAACUGCCAGUGAAUUUGCAACGCCUCGAUUUCAAAGGUAACCCUUUCAAAUGCAACUGCAAAAUUCUCCCUUUCCUCAAAUGGCUGAGAACAUAUAAAUCACCAAGUACAGAUGUUAAACUGUGUUCAUCUGCUGACGAGACACAAAAUGCAGUACACUGUCCCGGUCCUUGCUCUUGUGAAUGUACUGGAGUGGGAAAUGAAAGUUUCAUGACCGUCAACUGUAGUUCCAGAUACAUGUCUAUGCUUCCACCUUUUCUGACUGGUGAUUCAAGAUAUUGGCAUGGCGAUAACAUGGUAGUCUCUCAGUAUACUCGGAGAGAAACUCCCUUGUUUUACAUCCACGAUGAGGUACGAUUUCUGGAUCUCGAAAACAACUUUUUCCAAUCUCUGAACGGCGCCCGGUUGCCUGCCGGACUUCGGAGACUCCAUCUCAGCGGCAACAUUCUCAGCAGAUUGCCGGACCAUUUCCUAUACGCCUUGCCGAAGUUGGAAAAGCUGACUCUGUCCCGGAAUCCAUGGAGUUGUGGAUGUGGUGUGCUGUCCAUGAAGACCUGGCUGAAGUCCAAAUCGGAGUUGGUACCUGAUGUGAACAGCACUUUCUGCUUUUCUCAAGGGGCCCUUCGUAGUUCAGACAGCACUUUGUUGUUGUCCUUUCCUGAUAAAGAUUUGUGCCCCCGUAAAAUUAUUACAUAUCUCCUGAUAGGCUCAGCUGUAAUAGGUUGUAUUUCACUGUUCAUUUUGGGCUUCAUUGUUUACACUCGACGCAGAAAUUCUCAGUGGUGUUUGAGAACACAUUCGGUCACUUGGACCAAAUGUCAAGAUUCGGAUGACUGCAUUUACGAUGCCUUUGUCUCAUUUAGUGACAUGGAAGCAGACAUUGUCUACAAUGAGUUCAUAUCCACAUUGGAAAGCCAAAUCCCAGGCAUAAGAGUUUAUUUUCCUGAUAGAAUAAUUUUCCCGCCGAGUGCCACUGUUCGGGAAAACACCCUAGCGGGACUGAAGAACUCAAGAAGGGCUAUAAUUUUCUUAUCCAGAAAUUUCUUAAUGUGUCCUUGGUGCACAAGUCAACUACUUCAAGCAAACUUCCAGAGAAAAGAGAAGCAGAUAGAGCAACUUAUCGUCAUUGAAGUAGGAGACUUGCCAAAAGACAUCGACAGCGACUUGAAAGAAAGUCUACGGCAUUCCAUUCGCCUUCAGUGGGGACAUAAAAACUUCUGGUGCAAACUUUUUAACGCACUGAAGACUAACGAUGAAGUAAAAACAUCAUUGAGACAUUUCUUCAAAACUCAAAACAGCUCAGCAGAUGAAGAUUCUGUGCCGCUGAUGAAAAGCAUGGAUACGUAUUGUGAAGUCGCUCUCUAGUCUUCGGAUUACUCAAAAAGAAUGAGAAAAUGUAAGAUUUGGAACGCUAGAAGUGUUUCAAAAUAUCGGGAUUUUUUUUUUCAAACCAUGCAGUGGACUCAUGAUUGUUUAGCAUUUUUAUUUUAUGCUGUAUUAUAUCUAUACCUCGUAGCCAGACUAGCGGAAAUACAAAAACUGCGAUUUUCAGUUAAUGAAUUGUAUGUAGAAUCAUAUUCCAUACCGAAACAUAUGAACGUAAUUCUAAAAAGAAAAUCCAUUGUAAUAAUUUACUAAGGUUAAAAGAGCGCAAGUCUCAUUCCUUACAUGUGUUUAGGUAAAUGUAUUUGUCGUGCAAGAUAUGUGAUAUAGCUUAUUUUACACUUUGACGGGCUGCAGAUCGUUAUUCUACGAAAUAACUUGUUAAACCAUGAAAUACAAGAGAGUUUUACAUUUUAACGGAAACGAUCAGUUAUUCGAUGAAAUAACUAGGUGUUCUACAAAAUAACGGAUUUCAUACUUUAACGGUAACAUAUGAACCACGCAACCGUUUAUUCGCUCUCCUGUAAUGCAGCGAUUAUGUGACUUACAACAGUCUGGCUUUGAGGUACAGAUAUCGUGUUGGUGAUGCUCCACUUUUCAAUGAAAAAAUAUCGUCAUCAAAGAAAAAAAUCUGUGAUAAUAUUCAUAAGAGUUCAAUAAUAAAGAAAGCAGUACUGAUGCAGC